UAUCCUUAUUACUGAAGACUGAAGAUCUGCAAAUUUAUAAUGUCUUCUGAGUUAAAUACUGCUGAAACAUCACAUAUUUUCAGGCAAUUCAUAACUUAGUUACAGGAAAGCUAUUAUAAAGGUCGAAUAUGAACGGAUCUGGGGAUUCGGAUAAAGGUUUUAAUUUUGUAAAUGUUGCUUCUCCCACCGUGCUAUUUGAAGUCUGAUCUCAUCAAUUAGUCCUUGACUUGAUAUUUUUACAGCGCGUAGUACGGAAAAGUUGGGAUGCUAGUUGUUGAUGUGAGUUCUUCAGUGCUAAAUUGAUGACAUGUACGUUUCAAAGUGCCAUGAGGACUGUUAUGAACAGAGGUGGCCAAAAGUGAAUACAAUUGUGAAGCGCAUCCUCAAUACCGAGAAUGUCAGUAGGGACGAGUGGCAGAAUAUGUUUGCAGAUGUACAUUAUAUCGUCUCAUGGCAAGAAUCAGCAACGACCGCCAUCAUUUCUUCUCUUACAGAGACUGUUAAGGAAUCGAUUAUGAGAGUUCAGCAGCUUGUUAUGCGUAAUCAAGAUGAAUCUUCAUUAUUAAAAUCGUACAUAGCUCAAUGGAAUAAGUUUUCUAAACAAAGCGAAUAUCUUCCGCAACCAUUUAGUCCACUAGAAAACUAUCUGGUUGGUAAGCAUCUUAACGGUCCCAACAAACGUCAUCUUCAAGAAAGUACUAUUAGAAAAGUAGCUUGCAGUAUGACAUUCAGUUACAUUUUAGCUGAUGCUGGAAACGUGGAACAGUACUAUAUACGAAUCCAUAAAACAAAAGCUUCUGGACAGUGCUAUUAAGCUUAUACAAGAUGAAAGAUGUGGCCAGGUUAUUGAUUCACAGCUCGUCAUAGGUGUUCGUGAGUCCUGUGUCAAUUUAUCUACGUUAUCAGAAAAAUCCUUUCGAAUAUAUGUGGAUAAUUUUGAAAAAGCAUAUAUUGAAAGCACAGAGAGUUUUUAUCGUAUACGUAUAGAUGAAUACAUUCAGAAACAUGGAAUAAGAAGUUACAUGCAAUACGCUUUGCAGAAACUAGCUGAAGAAGAGGCUCGAGCUGUAAGAUAUUUAGAAACUCAGCCAGAAUUCAAUUCCGUCCCUAAGUUAAUGAAAGUAUGCCUCAAGACAUUUGUAGUCGACUAUAUGGACCAUAUCCUCUCAGAAGUUCCAAGACUAUUACAUGAAGAAGAUACAAACCAGCUAAGAUUAUGCUAUGAACUGGUUAAUCGUGUUCCACAGGAAAUUGACCGUUUAUUGGUCCUUCUGGAAGAAUAUAUUCGACAAACCGGCUUAAAGGAUAUACGUACUAAUGCAGAGAUUAUGCUUAAAGAUGCAGAUAAAUAUGUAUGCCGUUUGUUAAAUUUAUACGUUCGUUUUUCACGUAUGGUCAAUGAUGCGUUCAAUAAUGAUCCACAUUUUUUAACUGCACGUGACAAAGCUUAUCAAGAUAUUGUAAAUAAUACAUCCGUUUUUGUGACUGAAAUUCCAACUUCUGUUUGUAGCGGUAUUUCACGUGUAGAAUCUCGUUGUCCUGAAUUAUUAGCGUCUUAUUGUGAUAUGUUACUUCGCAAGUCACCAACUAAUCGUCGUUUAACAACUGAUGAAAUUGAACAAAAAUUACGCAAUGUUUUAUUAGUAUUAAAAUAUGUCAAUAGUAAAGAUAUUUUCAUGCGUGUUCAUAAAUCUCAUCUCACUCGACGAUUAAUUCUAGAAACAUCAGCUGAUAAUGAAAUGGAAGAAUUGAUGGCUGGACGUUUACGAGAAGUUGGAAUGCCAGCUGAACAAAUUAAUAAACUUGGUCGAAUGUUUCAAGACAUUAAAAUAUCACAUGACCUUACUUCUGAAUUCAAAGAAAAAUAUAAAAUAUCUCCACAGUGUUCUACAUCAUGCAUAUCAAGUAAUACACCAUCGUUAAAUUUAGACAUCAUAACAAUUAAAAUUUUGAGCGGUGGUGCCUGGCUUUUACGUCCUCAACCACAAUCAUCUAUUUCAUUACCAGCGGAGUUAGAAGAUUUCCUUCCUCAGAUUGAAGAUUUCUAUCGUCAGAAACAUCAAGGUCGAAGUCUUCUAUGGCAACAUCAUUUAUCGCACGGAGUACUGGCUUAUACAAGUGAUCAUGGUCGUUAUGAAUUUGAAGUGACCACUUAUCAGCUUGUUGUUUUAUACGCUUGGAAUAGAAGAUAUGAUCAACACCUUCAUUUAGAUUGUUUGCUUACAUCGACUGGAUUACAAGAUGUUGAUCUUCGUCGAACAUUAUGGUCAUUAUGUGAACAUCCUAAAUUGGAACAACAGAUUGUUUGUUAUUCUCCUAAAGUAAGCUCUGAAAAACAAUUCACUGCUAAAACAGAAUUCUGGCUUAAUUUGAAAUUUACAAAUACAAAAAUGGGCAAAGUUCAAAAUCGACGAAGAAUCAAUCUGAUCGGUCGUCUCCAAUUAACUCAUGAAAUAACAAAUGAAGAAGAAAGUAUGGCUAUUGUAGAAUUGCGUCAACUACGUGCACAAGAGGGUAUAAUUAAAUUAUUAAAAACACGUAAACGUUUACAUCAUAAUGAAUUAUAUCAAGAAUUAGUUGAUCUAUUAAGAUUUCAAUUUGUUCCAUCAAAACGAUUAAUUAAAGAAGUAUUAGAAUGGCUUAUUGAUAAACAUUAUGUUCGCCGUGAUAAUAACGAUAUGAAUGUAUUUGUAUAUGGUACUUGAAAAUUGAAUGCCUUUCUGUUGUUUUUUCAUAGCUUACUAUUUUAAAUUUAUUUACAUGAAAUCAAUUAGAUCUUCACUCCUCCUCCCCCCUCUGUUUUAUACUUCCCAUGUAAUUAGUCUCCAAAAGAACAAAAACAACACUCAAUGAAGGCAUUGGUGGUCUUUUUCUUCAUAUGUAUCACUAAUUUUUCUUUUGUUUUUAUUCCUUACUAUUAUUAUUAUUGUAGAAUGUGAAGUAAGAGGGUUGAAGUUUGGUUUUUCAUUGUUACAUUCUUAAUUAUUUUUUUCAGAAAUACACUGUCUUUUAGUUACCAGUUAUUUGUUCGUGAUUUUGUAACGUAUUCGAUAUUUUUUUCUGUUUACUUCAUGGUUAAUAGACUGGUACUAAAUAAUGUUUUAAAUGAUAUUCUAACGGGUUGAUGUAUGAAAGUUAUCUAAGAAAUGAUACGUGUUACAAAAUCAUAGAACAAUAACUUUUUCAUAUCUUCUAUGCUCUUUCUGCUCUCUUUCAAUCUGAUACUAUUUGGCAUAGUUGCUCAAUCAUUUGUAUUUGUAAAAAAGGAUUGAAGGACAUAGUUAUAAUCUUUGUUUCUUGGUAAUAUCUCAGUUCUGUAUUUGUCAUUGAUAUUCAUAAAAAUUACCUGUGAACGAUUUUAUUGUCUAGCGAACUUCAACAUUUCUUUUUUUUACUCUACUGUUAUUCAUUCUUGUCAUUCUGACCUAUUCUUUGUAGGGUUUUAUAAAAUCCUAACCAUCUCUUGCUACUGAAUAAUGCAUAACUAGUUCCACUUAAUGUAUUCAGUUUAAUUUAUUUGAAGUUUAGCUUAUUGAUGUUAGAGUUGAGUUUGUCUUUUUAUUUCUUUUUGUUGUUGUUGUUGUUGCUGUUGCAUUAUCUUCAAAUUAUUUCAUUUCAUAUUUUUCAUUUGGUUUAUUUUCGAUUGAGUUUGUCAAUUUCCAGUGGUUUCAUCAUUGUAUAAAUUACUCUAGUAAUGUCUAUGAAUGAAAUGAACGAAUCAAUAAAACAAUUAUUAUUUAGUUGAGAUCAUGAGUCAAUUGAAGCUAGAUCACUAUGGAAACGCUGGAAGCGUUGGGGUCUAGUUUCAAUGGACUCACGCUUUCAACUAUAUAAAAUUACUAAAAUCUUCACAAAACCCCCUUCUGAUAAUAAUAGUGAUAAUUAUUUAUUAAUUUAGUAAACAUUUUCAUUAAAUUAGCUUAUCUGUUAAUGGAUAAUUAAGUGAGUAUGAUCAUUUAAUUUAUGUAAUAUAUUCAGUUUAUAUAGAAGAGGGUUGUGUUUAAAUUUUGUUUAAAUGGAAGUAAAUGGUUUUCGUCAAAAGUAUUGAAUUUGAAAUGAUUGCAAUUUUGUACAUUAUUUUUGUUGUGAAUCAUAGAAUACGUGCACAGUA